AGACACCUGGAGUUUCCAGAAGAAUUCGGAGGAGAAUGUCAGAAGAGGAACAUGCUCGUAUAUUCACCAAAGCUUUUAUUUUGAAGGCUUAACAAGACCUGUUGAGUUACCAAAAAGCACCAAAAGGCAAGAUAAAACCCCGUCCACAAGUACCAUUGUCUACCCAGUGUAGGAACCUCGUUUUCAUAAGAGAGGGGGCAAAGCAUACAAAAUAUAAUCAGUAAACGGCAGGUCUGAAAACGCCGUCAUGUGUGUGAACUCGUACGAGCACUAUAGCCAGUGCAACCAUAUCAAUACCACGGUAACGAAUUGUCCUACGCAUCACAAGCAGCAGGCGUCCGCUAGAGGCGUCUUCGGCAGCAUAUUUCGGCGCAGUAUACGGGAGAGAAAGAACUGCGGCAAAGUCAUUCCACACGAGCUGCGAAUUGAGGGAUACUGCCAGCACUGCUCGAUCAAGAAGCAGCAGCUACGGGGCGAGGUAGUCGGGAGAGGCGCGCUGAAAGUCCGGAAGCAGGGCUUCCAGGAAAUCUUUCAGGAGGAGCGCAAAGAAGCCGCCAGGAACGCACUGGCGAAAUCCGAGAGGCGGAAUCAUGAUGCCAGAGGCAACAAGAAAUCGAAUCAUGACAUUAUCCAUGUCGAAAACAGUGUCUGGCUAAGCGAUCUUUAUUAUCACCCGGAAACUCUAGCGAGGAAGGAAGCAUACGCACGAGAAGCCGCGCUGGCGCCGCCGAUUGCUGCCCAGAAACAGGUGAGGAACCAGAGCGAUCAGGGAAAGGGAGAUGUGCGCCAUAAAGCACCGACAGCAACAAUCCAAGAUCGACGGCGGGGAGAAAGGAGAGAGGCCGAAAGCAGAGAUGAGUGGAUGCCGGCUUACGGCAGCGAGAAGCCUUUGAAGAGACCGCUUCCGCCAGCAGCAGCACGCGGACACACCGGCCGCUUCGCAAACAACAGUAAUUACAAUGCCGCUCCCGGUCUUCCACCAGCAGUCGGCCCCCCUCCCGUCCCACAGCCUCUUCGUACCCAGCGGAACAACAACAGCCGAUCAUUCGCAUCCAGGGCCCAAGCAACAGGAUAUCCCGACCCCCGCCACAAGCCGAAGCCCGCCGCAUACAGCGUCUCCCCCUCUACUGCUUAUUCACCAUCCUCAUCCUCUCGAAAACACCUUGGCCCAACACAAUCCAGCAAAGCCGAGCGACAACAGGAUCGCAACAAGAUGCGCCAAGGCGAAGACGCGCUGAUGCGGGCGCCGGUGCCGUCAGGAGGAGGCAGGGGGCCCAAGGAGCCGAGUCGCUGGGAGACGGGGAAGACGACGUUGUCGGAGCUCGUCGAGAAGACGCGGAGACUGUCUGGUCAGACCGACUCGGACUCGGACGUGUCGUUCGUGUGCCAGACCUCGCGGGCGAUUAGCGAGGAGGGGAAGAACAAGAAGAAGGGGAAGAAAUCGAAAACAUCUGGCGAGAAAGGACGUCGUCAUCGUUGAGUAAGUUUGUAGCAACACAAAGGACUUUGGCCCACUCACUUGUUCAUCUUUAGGCUUCUUCUCACUUCUCUUCUCUUAUGUCGAAUCAUUAUAGAGUAAGUAACUGUAUUUGCGUUAUGGUAAGUAAGGUGAGUUUUGUUAGUGUUUAGAUACCAUUCACGAUAGUAAUCGAUCAAUAUUCUGUUUUCUCCUUCUUUUUUGGGCAACUCUGUUUCAUUUGAGG